AUGCAUUACGUAACGACCGCUACGACGAGAUUGCUCGGCAUCCAGCACCCCAUCAUGCUGGCUGGCAUGGGGCAGACUUCUGGCGCAGAGCUUGUUGCAGCGGUAUCUAACGCCGGUGGGAUUGGAGUCAUUGGUGGUGUUAAUUACACUCCUAAGAUGCUGCGAGAAAUGAUCAUGGAGCUCAAGACUAACCUGCGGGAUCCAAACUUGCCUUUUGGAGUCGAUCUACUAAUACCCCAGGUUGGAGGUUCGGCGCGAAAGACAAAUAUCGAUUACACCAAGGGCGCUUUAUUCGAGCUUGUUGAUAUUAUGAUUGAGACUGGCACAAAGCUUUUUGUCUCGGCUGUGGGUAUACCUCCGAAAGCGGUGGUUGAUAAGUUACACGCCGCGGAAUAUGGUCGGCCAUCCCAAGGUAUUGUUGGUGCUGAAGCUGGGGGACAUACUGGUGAUAUCCCAACGAGCAUUCUUAUUCCCGCCUGUGCCGAUAUCUGUAAGCAAUAUGUAUCACCUUUGACUGGUCUACCAGUCCAACUUGUCGCCGCUGGUGGUAUUUACGACGGUCGAGGAGUUGCCUCUGCGAUGAUGUUGGGUGCCAGUGCAGUCUGGAUUGGAACAAGAUUUCUCGCUGCACGAGAGUCAGGGGCACCAGAAGCUGCAAAGAAGAGUGUCAUCGAAUCUGGUUUCGACUCAACCAUCAGAAGCACCUUUUGGAGCGGUCGUCCGCUACGCGCGUUAGCAACUCCUUACGUUCUUGAUUGGGAAAAGAACCGCCAGCCAGAAUUCCUCGAGCUUCAAAGUCAGGGUAAAGUGGUAAUGGAACACGAACUAGACAAGCUGGCUCAUGAAGGCAAGCUCACGGAGGAAAUCGAGGAGCAGUCUGUAUUGCGCCCUAUGGGACUUGUGGCGGCUUUGGUCACUAAAUCUAAUCAAUCCGCUGGUGAAAUCGUGGAUGAGAUAAUGGGGGAAGCAUAUGAAAUAUUGACAGGCGCGAGUGUGCUCGUAUCAUCGACACCAAAAUUAUAG